UAUUCCUCCUCAUCCGUGGCUUUUUAGGAACGCGUGUCUCGCUCUUUCUGCCUUCAUCAAAUCACUUCAAAUCGCCUGUCGUCAAGAUCGUUCACACCUGUUUCCUCCACCAACAAGUCGAAGCAUGCACUUGUACACCAAGUAGAACAUUCGCAACGCCAUCAACUGCAUACGACCACACAACAUGGCCCCUCGUAUCCCCGUCACUAAGUCCACCGAGACACUCUGCUACGGCGUUGCCACCGUUGGCGCCUUUCUCCCCAUCUACCUCAUGCUUCCUGGCGCCGAGCACCGCCUCGCCUCUCAGACCACCAAGUGGGCGCCCCGUUGGGAGCGAAAUCUCUCUUACUUCACCCCAACCGCCGAGAGGGGCAUCAAGCGCGUCGAGCCCCCCGUGUCCAACGUGGUCCGUCGCAUCGAUAACCGGCUACCGCUUGAGCGUAUGGCCAAGGGCCUCGACAAGCGUAUCAAGAACGGCAUCGACCGCUUCAACAACACCAAGUAAA